UUGGGCGGGUUGAAGGAAAAAAAUAAAUAUAUAACGGAAGUAGGAAGGGACAGAAGGAAAAGGGGAGGAGCUAGCUGAGCUGCAGGAGCGGCUGCCUUGGUUUUCUUUCCGGUUUCUUCUCUUCCUCCUCCUUUUAUCCUCUCCCAGUCUCCUUUUGCACGUGACCUUAGGUCGGCGCUCGGCGGACCAAUAGGAAGGCGCGGAGCUCUCUUCUGGCGGGAUGCCUGACCCGUAUUGCUGAUUCUCAGACUUUACAUUUGCCAAUUUCAUGCUGUCCAAAAGCAAUGUGAGCAGUUAUAAGAGAGCCAGCACAGUGUAGUGGUUAACAAAUCUUGCCAAGAAAACCCCACAAUAGGUACACUUCAGGGUUUCCAUAAGUCAGAAACGACUUGAUAGCAUACAACAAUAACAAUUAGGUAUUUCAGUUCAGGCUGGCAACUAUUUCAUCUGAAGCUCUGCUUGCCAUUGAUUGAUUCAUGAUCUUCAUGGUUGAAGGUUCAUUUCUAAAUGUUUGCCACAGCUACAGAUUCAGAGGUAGAGGUCCCAUCACUAUUAUGGGGCUUGAAUCCUAUAUUUUCAGCCUUUGCAAGACUGUACAUAAAGGACAUAUUAGAAAUGAAGGAGUCUAAACAGGUUCCAGGUAUUUUCUUUUAUAAUAGGCAUCCAAUAAAGCAAGUGGAUAUUCUUGGAACUGUGGUUCUAAUCAAAGAAAGAGAUGCCUUCCAUACUUAUGGAGUGGAUGAUGGCACAGGAGUUAUAAGAUGCAUCUGCUGGAAAAAUUCACUGGCAGAACAGAAAUCUUUGUCAGAUUUUGAAUCUCUUCCUAGCACUUCAUGUAACUUUGAUCUAAUGGAACAAAUAAGAAAGCUCCAAAUGACAGUUCAUCAAAAAACAAGGUUGGAAAUUGGUGAUCUAGUCAGAGUUCGUGGCUCUGUUCGGAUCUACAGACAACAGAGAGAAAUCAAGGCUUCUGUCUAUUAUAAAGUUGAUGAUCCUGUUUGUGAAGUUCAGAUUGCAAGGAUGUUAGAACUCCCCCGCCUAUAUAGAGAUAUUUAUGACAAGGUCUUCCAGAUCCCUGAAGAAACAAAGAGUAGCCGAGGUACAGCAGAUCUGCUGGGCUCUGCCAAUGUUCUAAGUGAAAAUAUUAGAACUUUUCUAUUGAGGAACAAGAUUCAGAGUUUCUAUAAGCAGGAGUUGGAAACAGUGGAAGAUUUGGUAGCUGUGAUCAGACAGAGUAGAGCAAGCACCACUGCCGAACAAGCAGAUUCCAAAUCCUAUUCCUUUUCCAGUUUGAUUAGGGAGUCCUUUGCCGAAGCAAUAAAGAUGCUGCAGAAGAAAGGUGUUCUUUUCCAGAAAUCAAAGAAUCUCAAUGAUCUGUACUAUGUGACUGAACAGGACAGGGAAUUGCACAGAGUCACCCUUGAAGUCCUCAAAGAUGAUUGUAAGAGGCCAAAAUAUGCUGAAAAGGGAUGCCAUCUCCGUCACAUUCUAAAUUGUAUACAGCAGAGCUACAGCCCUUAUAUCACCGAAGCUGUGGUCCGUUGCCUCCUGGAGUGGUUGGAGACCAACAGUGAUGUUGUCACUACCAUGGAAGAAUACUACACUGUAUUUUAAAUUAAGGGAUGUGAUGGCUGUCUAAAGCCAAACAGGUUUUAUGCAGCAGGCAUAAGCAGUAAGAAUUUCUGUAUCAUGCAGGACUUGACCAUGUUCCUCUAAAUCUUUUCUCAUUUAGAAGACAAGGUAUCAUGAAAUUCCUAUCUAUUUUAUCAUACUGAAGGUUUCAGAAGAUAUCUCUAUAGGUUGAAGAACUCCAUAUCUGUUCCAGAUAUUAAAUACAAGGACCUUUUUAAACAAAGAAAUCUGUCAUGCUGUGAAUGCCCUCUUGUGGUUGGAUAAGAGACAAAGCAACAAAACUGUGCAUUCAGACCAAAUAAGAAUUACCUAAAGAACAGGUAGAUAGCCUGUUGCUCUCCUGAUGUCUUGGACUACAGUCCCAUAAUCUAUGAUUCCUGACUGUGCUGCCUGAAGCUUAAGAUGUCAUCCAAACAUCAGGAGACUUAAGGUGUAUUAGAUUCUCCUUCCUUAGACUUUUUUAUGGUUGUUAGGUCUUCCAGAUUUUAAGUCUCUGAUUGUUUAAUUGAACAGGGUUGGGUUUAUAUGUUACAUAAAAAAAUCUUAUGCAUACUUUUUAAUGGGGUUUUUGGGCUACGUGGCCAUGUUCUAGAAGAGUUUCUUUCUGAC